AUUCCAUUGUCCACUGAGAGGAGGGAAGGACAACAAAACAAAAACGACAAAGGUACCCGUCACGCAUUGUCGACAACGUAGCCAUGAAGAAGUCCUUGAAACCGAAACUUUUAGUCCAAACAUUGAAUUUCACUCCCACUCCAGAACAAGCUUCGCUAUUCACCUGCUAAAACCGACUGCCUUUCGGUUCUGCUUUUCCCAGAUUCAGUUUCUCCACCUUCUUCUUGCUGUUUUUCACAGGGAUUCUUCUGGGUUUUGCCUCAAUUUCAAAACCCACUCGCGAUUCUCCGAUUCUCUCCUUCGAUUCCCCAAUUCUCGCCCUCGAUUCUCUCAUGAUGCUCCUGCUCCGGAAUUGUCUUUCUCUGCCUUGCGUGUGGGAUCUGCAGCAUUGAUUUUAUUACUGAGUUCCUCCUUAUCUAGACGCUGGGCUUUGGAUUCGUGUUUUCUUUGUCGUUCCUUAGGAAUAGGUAUAUUCUGUGCAUUUCUUGAAAUUUGUCUCUGGUUAUCCUUGAGUUAUUUGGAUAGAUCCUAGAGCUUUUAAUUGAUCAAAACUUAUCAUUGACUGUAUUCUAAAUUAUGUCACUUUCUUAUCCUGGAUAAUCGUCAUCUCCUUUUGCUUUUAUUUCCCGAUUCCUGAGAUUGUUCUUAUUGUUAAAUAAGAUCUAUGUUUCAAGAUGAAGGGUCGUCUUCUGUAACUUCAUCACCUUUUCAGUUCUUCUCUAUGAUGUCACUUUCGCCUAGCUUAGGAUCUCCAUACCCUUGGCUUCGAGAGCUUAAAUCCGAGGAGAGGGGCUUGUACUUAAUCCAUUUGUUGCUCACUUGUACAAAUCAUGUAGCUUCUGGUAGUCUUGAAAAUGCAAAUAUGGCUCUUGAACAAAUUUCCCAUCUUGCUUCCCCGGAUGGUGAUACUAUGCAGCGAAUUGCUGCCUAUUUUACUGAAGCACUUGCUGAUCGGAUACUUAAAACAUGGCCUGGUCUCCACAAGGCCCUCAAUUCUACAAGACUAGUCAUGGUUUCUGAAGAAAUUAUGGUCCGGAAGCUGUUCUUUGAGCUGUUCCCAUUCUUGAAGGCAGCAUUCGUGCUCACAAAUCAGGCUAUCAUGGAAGCAAUGGAAGGGGAGAAGAUGGUUCAUAUAAUUGAUCUCAAUGCUGCUGAACCUGCACAGUGGAUUGCACUUCUCCAAGUUUUGAGUGCUCGGCCCGAAGGCCCUCCUCACUUGAGAAUUACUGGGGUUCAUCAACAGAAAGAGAUUCUGGAUCAGAUGGCUCAUAGGCUGAUUGAAGAAGCAGAAAAGUUGGACAUCCCAUUCCAGUUCAAUCCUGUUGUGAGCAAGCUAGAGAAUCUUGAUUUCAACAAACUUCGUGUCAAGACUGGAGAAGCACUAGCUAUCAGUUCUAUUCUCCAAUUACAUUCACUUUUGACCUUGGACGAUGAAGCUUUGCGCAGAAGAACUCCUCUCGUAAAAAAAUGCUCCAAUGGAAGCCAUCUACGAAGAGCCGUGCCAAUGAACCAAAGCUCAUUAGGUGAUUUGCUUGAGAAGGAUAUGAUCAAUAAUAGCUACAGCCCAAGUCCUGACUCGGCCUCAUCAUCCCCAGCAUCAUCGAUUGCUUCAAUGAGUAUGGAGAGCCUUCUCAAUGCCUUGUGGGGUUUGUCGCCCAAAGUCAUGGUUGUGACAGAGCAAGACUCUAAUCACAAUGGUUCAACUCUAAUGGAGAGGCUAUUGGAAGCUCUGUAUUCUUACGCAGCAUUAUUUGAUUGUCUGGAAUCAACAGUCUCAAGAACAUCAAUGGAGAGAUUAAAGGUGGAGAAGAUGCUUUUCGGUGAGGAAAUCAAGAACAUAGUUGCGUGUGAGGGAGCUGAAAGAAAGGAAAGGCAUGAAAAGCUUGACAAGUGGCUACAGAGGCUUGAUCUAGCCGGGUUUGGGAAUGUACCUUUAAGCUAUUAUGGGAUGCUACAAGCAAGGAGGUUACUGCAGAGCUAUGGUUGUGAGGGAUACAAAAUGAGGGAGGAAAAUGGCUGUGUUGUGAUUUGCUGGCAGGAUAGGUCACUUUUUUCAGUAUCAGCAUGGAGACCUAGGAAGUAGAAUGGGAAGAUUUGAAGCCUGGAAUGAAGAAGAAAAAUUAGAGGGGAAGAAGUCCUGAUCAGGUUUUCUUUUAUUUUUUUCUCUUUUUAUUGUUUGUAUGAAAGGGUUUUGUCCAUAUGGUAAUGACUAUUUUUCAUAACCAGUUUAGGACUACUCAUUUUAUUCAGUGAAAACCACAUGGAGAAGGGAAAAAGACUCGAAAAAAAAAAUGAUUCUGAGAGUGACAGAGAAGAAGAAGCAAUCUUUCUGAUUCUGUUUAUUGCUGCUACUUUAAUUAUAUAUGAAUAUGAAUUCCUAUGCUCAUGACUACGUACAUGUGCUCCUUAUUA